AUGUCGGACACAUCAGUAAUCUUCGAUCAGCCAGAUCGCCGCGACAGUGAUACACACGAUACCACCUACAACGCUGAUGGAGAUGAAACUAUGAGCCUCUCACCCACUCCGCCAGUCACAAACGCACCUAAUGAUACCAUUGAGCAGCCUGGUGGCUCUUCAUUGACCGCGGGGCCAGGAAUAGCUCCGCCGAUAGCAGUGCAGGCAGUCAGCGGCCGGGACAGCACCUCGCAGCAGUCCCAGCUCCAGGCUCCGGCACUUGGUCAAGGCAAUACACAGCUCCAAUGA